AAGUUGCCUAGCAACCGUCUCGCUAGUGACUCGAGACACGCUGAGCCCAGACCCCAGGCGCGUUGGGCGUGAGGAGACCCCGGCCCCAUGGCAGGGAAAAUGAUCAGCACCGAGGCGGCACAGCGCAUGAACCUUGUGGCCCAGGACGAGAUCUGGAGAUAUCGUCUCAAGGCCGAAUCUGAAGCACGGAAAAACUGGGCCCAGAACUGGGGAUUUUUGACAACCCCCCUCGAGGAGUUGAUCCAGGGUGAAGAACCUCGCACCCCAAAGCCAAAAAUUGAGCUUCCUGAGCAUUUCCGCAUCCGGCCAGUGACCCCGGUGGAGAAAUACAUAAAGGUCCUGCCUUCGCCCCCGGUCCCACAGACGACCCAGGGCUUCAUCGGCUGGCGGUCUGCGGUGCCAGGCCUCAACAAGUGCCUGGAACACGACAACGCCAUCCGGAGCUGCAAAGGCGCCUACGCCCAGGGCCUCGGCUGGCCCAAGCAGGGCAUCCACUGAGUCUCAGCCCAGCCAGGGAGCAGGGAUCCCGGGUGCCUGCAGAGUGAGGGAGAACCCCCAGCCCACAUCUCUGAGAUCAUAAUCCCUGCAUCUUCAUCCAAGGAUGCAGCAAAGAACACAAAGUUGGCCUUAAACCAUCUGGCUCCAUCCUUCUAAAUGUCCAUGUAGAGUAAUGGUUCUUGACUCAUGUAAUGAAGAGAACAAAAUAGAUACCCUGA